AUGGACCCGAACUUGAGUCAAUUGCUGCAAUGGAGCGUCGCUAACUCGACGGCACCAGGAGAGACAGUACUUGCAUCUAAUGGAAAAGACGAAAUAACCUCCAAAGCCAUUAACGCUCUAUUUGGUGGACCCUCAGAUGCUGACCUUAUGAUGGAAGCUAUGAACAUCAUAAUCUCUUCAGAUCCGAGCAUAGCCCUUGAAGAUAAAAUUGUAGCGUUCGAUAACCUUGAGCAACUCAUUGAGAACCUUGAUAAUGCCAACAAUUUAGCACCACUGGCUCUCUGGACACCUCUGCUAGGUUGUCUUAGCCACAAAGAAUCAGAACUGCGUCGAAUGGCAGCCUGGUGUAUAGGUACGGCCGUACAAAAUAAUGUCGCUUGUCAAGAAAUAUUAGUUGCAAACACUGGGUUGGCCAAGCUGGCUCAACUCGCUGUGGGAAAGGAUGAAGAAAAGUCCGUACGGAGAAAGGCUAUUUAUGCCUUGAGCUCAGCUUGUAGAAAUCACCAACCGGCAAUGAAUAUUCUUAUUUGUGAAUUAGAAAAUCUAGGAAGGGGAGCCGGGCCUAUUGACGCUACAGAUAUGGAUGCGUGCGAUCUACUGUUUGGAGCCCUCAGGGAAGAAGUUCUCUAG